GCAUGCGCCCGGCGAGCAGCUGGCCUGCAGCCUGGCGGGCGGUGGCUCGGACGCACCAGAAACGCAGGGAUGCCGCGGGAGAUCAUCACCUUGCAGCUGGGCCAGUGCGGCAACCAGAGUGAGAGCCGGUUCCUUGGUCAUCCGGCUGAUUUCCUCCGUCGGCCUGCUCUGAAAUCGGCGGGGUCUUCUCUAAGUCCUUGGGAACCUGCUAGGCAGCAUCCAUCAGUGAUCUCGAUCCCGUCUGCCCUCCCCCCCCACCACCCCGGACCCAAGAAUGCCGAAUCCCAUUCCCUGGGGUGUACCAUUCCUCCUGAGGCUGGAUGCCUUGUCUCCCUGACCCCAGAGGGUGACUGGUCCUAUUAGGACCCAAAUGCCCUGUCCUCCAGUCCUGGGGCUGUAACUGGUCCCAGCAGGACCCCGCAUCCCAUCUCUCAGCCCUGGUGGGGGGGAGGGAGGAGGAAGUGACUGAUACCAUCAGGACACAUGGGUCCUAUUUCACAGCCCAAAGGUGGGAUUGGUCCAUUCAGGGGAUAUUGGUAUUCUGUCAUACCCACAGUUGGGUUCGAAUUCUGGAAACAGCUCUGCGCUGAGCAUGGCAUCAGCCCGGAGGGAAUCGUGGAAGAAUUUGCUACUGAAGGCACUGACCGAAAGGAUGUCUUUUUCUAUCAGGCAGAUGAUGAGCACUACAUUCCAAGGGCUGUGCUGCUGGACCUGGAGCCGCGAGUCAUCCACUCUAUUCUCAACUCUCCCUAUGCCAAACUCUACAAUCCUGAAAAUAUCUAUUUGUCUGAACAUGGUGGAGGAGCUGGUAACAACUGGGCCAGUGGCUUCUCACAGGGGGAGAAGAUUCAUGAGGACAUCUUUGAUAUCAUAGACCGUGAGGCAGAUGGCAGUGACAGCCUAGAGGGUUUUGUACUGUGUCACUCCAUUGCUGGUGGAACUGGCUCUGGAUUGGGCUCCUACCUCCUAGAACGGCUGAAUGACAGAUACCCCAAGAAGCUGGUGCAGACAUACUCAGUAUUUCCCAACCAGGAUGAGAUGAGCGAUGUGGUCGUGCAGCCCUAUAACUCACUGCUAACCCUCAAGAGGCUGACACAGAAUGCCGAUUGUGUGGUGGUUCUGGACAACACAGCCCUGAAUCGAAUUGCCACAGACAGACUGCACAUCCAAAACCCAUCCUUCUCCCAGAUCAACCAGCUGGUGUCCACCAUCAUGUCGGCCAGCACCACCACCCUCCGCUACCCUGGCUACAUGAACAAUGACCUCAUCGGCCUCAUCGCCUCCCUUAUCCCCACACCCAGGCUCCACUUCCUCAUGACUGGCUACACCCCCCUCACCACUGACCAAUCUGUGGCCAGCGUGAGGAAGACAACGGUGCUGGAUGUGAUGCGUCGGCUGCUACAGCCCAAGAAUGUGAUGGUGUCCACAGGCCGGGAUCGCCAGACCAACCACUGCUACAUUGCCAUCCUCAACAUUAUCCAGGGAGAGGUGGACCCCACCCAGGUCCACAAAAGCCUGCAAAGGAUCCGGGAACGAAAGUUAGCCAACUUUAUCCCUUGGGGCCCAGCAAGCAUCCAGGUGGCACUAUCUCGGAAGUCACCCUAUCUGCCGUCUGCCCACCGAGUCAGUGGACUCAUGAUGGCCAACCACACCAGCAUCAGUUCUCUGUUUGAGAGCACAUGCCACCAGUAUGAUAAACUUCGGAAGCGAGAGGCCUUCCUGGAGCAGUUCCGCAAGGAGGACAUCUUCAAGGAGAACUUCGAUGAGCUGGACACGUCCAGGGAGAUUGUGCAGCAGCUCAUUGACGAGUAUCAUGCUGCCACUAGACCCGACUACAUCUCCUGGGGUACCCAGGAACAGUGACCUCCUGAUUGCUCCAAGGACAGCGGCCCUUACAUUUCACAGAUUUUAACAUAUGUGUCAUUGUGAUCUAGUCUCCAUUUGAUUCCUUCAGAGACCUUGAGCUCCAGCAUGGAUACAUCAACUUUUUCCAUUCACCACACCCUUCCCCCUUAAGGAUGAACAUAGGAAAAACCUAAUAGUAUGAUUACGUAGUCUCUUUUUGUGUUGACCAUCUCCAAUAAAAUUCUAAAUGAG